AUGAAUGCCCUUACCACCUCGCUCGGCCGCCUGCCGACCAUCCGCAGGCGCGAGAGCAAGAAGCAGGUCAAGCCGAUCAACGUGGAUGCCGCGCAGCGCUUCGUGCCAAUGGCAGGCCCUUCGUCGUCGUCGACCCUGACGACGCCACGGCCGUCAGACUUCCUCGGAGCUCCCUCCUCUUCCAUGACCCCGCCGCAUAGCCCAUACCACUUUGCCGACCACCCAUCCUCGACCGCGGCGUCGUCGUCGGUCGCCUCGCCCCCCGUGAGGUCGCCGAUCCGGCGCGCCUUCUCGCGAACCUUUCGCUUUGGCGGUGGAAUCGGCGGCAGCAACCCGACCGGCACCGGCAAUCAGGGCCACCGAGAGUCGCACAGCCGAUCCUCGACACCAAUGCAGAUCUCUGCGCCGCUCAUGGAGCCGCAGCCGCAGCUCUCGUCCCCGGACUCGUUUGACAUGGACUGCACACGCACCUCGGUGGCCAACCGCCGCAGGAGCCGGACACUGCUCCCUCCGCUGCCCAUCAACGACGAGACGUUCGGCACGGGCGAUCACCACGACCAGGCGACACUGCGAGGCCGCCCUCGACCUGCCUCUUCGUCAUCGCGCAUCCGCUCCUUCUGGGGUGGCGACAGCUCCGCCGACUCGUCGCCCUCGCUCGCUGCGGCCGUCACUCCGUCGAUGCGACAGAGCUCCCUCCGCUCGAUCCGCCAGCUGCACCAGCGGGCCCUCUCUUCGUGGGCCGCCCCGACGACGCCGGAGCCAUCCGAGCACCUCACCAACCCGCGACCGCCGCCGGCUCCCAUCGCCGAGCACCACUACGUCCCGCGCAGCAACCGGCUCAUGCGACGGGCAAGCGAGGAGUCCUUCUUCUGCCGCGGUCUGGGCUACGACUCCGUCGAGGCCUCGACCACCGCGCUCCCCGAUGUGCCCCUCACGGCGCCGCUCCCCGGUAUGGCCGCCCGCCGCAUGAGCAACUUCACCAAGGAUGCCCACGGCAUCUUUGCCGUCGAGAUCUCGACUGCCACCAGCAAGAAGGUCUUUGGCGAUGCCGCGGCCGACGGCGAAGCCGGCGACAACGCUGCUAAGCUCAGUGGCCUCGGCUUCACCGACUAUUCACCCGCGGCUCCACGCCCCAAGGUCAAGCGGCUCUCGGUGGCGUCUCGCGCCUCGGACACGUCGAGCCUCGACGCCGACAGCUACUACUCGUCGACCUCGUCGCUGCCGAGCCAGGCGGCCUCGGAGACGACGACCGCGUCGUCGGUGCGCAUGUCCUGGCCCGAGGUGCCGGCGCAGUGGUUCUCCUCUUGCCCGCCCACGCCGCCAUCGGCGAUCCGUCUGCGACUGCAGUUCCUCUCGCUCCCUCGCAAGACGGGCACCUUCCGCCCAGUGUCGCCGGCGGCAGACUCGCCCAUAAACGAGGACGGCGGCAGCACCAGCAGCCGUGGCGACGACGUCGACAACGACGACGACGAUGGCCAGCCGCUCGAUGCCCUCUUCCUGUCGAGCAACAAUUCGGUGCUGGACCUCAAGGAGCUCAUCUCAGAGCGGCUGCGUACCAAGGGCUACCGGGUUUUCCCAAAGGAGCUCAGCAUCAGCCUCAAUCUUGCCGACUCGCUCCUCUCUUCGUCGUCGCCCUCGUCAUCUUCGCCAUCGGCCUCGGAUCGCAAAUCCGGCCCGCACCCAUCGGCGCUGGGCCUCGCCUUCAACGAGGACGGCUGCAGCCCCAUCAAGCACCUCGGCAACAACUCGCGCCUCCUGUUUGAGGAGGGCGCCCAGGAGGACGACACCAUCGUCAUUCGAUACCUGCCGUACGAGGUCUCGACCACCUUCUUCUGA